AUGUGGCUGCAUCUGAAUGAUAAUGACCUCGGAGACUCUGGUGUGAAGCAGAUCUCUACUCUACUCAGGAAUCCAGACUGUAAACUACAGACACUGUGGGUCGACAACUGCGGGCUCACGGAUCAGAGCUGUGCAACACUCGCAUCAAUGCUCUGCAAAGAGUCAUCAAAGCUCAAACACCUGGAUCUCAGUAGCAACCACAUUGGAGAUGCUGGAGUCCUACUGCUGUGUAGUGGACUGAAGAGCCCCAACUGUACACUGGAGACACUGAGCUUGUCAGAUUGUGGUGUAACAGGUGAAGGAUAUGCUGCUCUGGCUGCAGCUCUCAAAUCAAACCCCUCCUCACACCUGGAGGAGCUGGACCUGAGAGGAAACGACCCUGGAGACUCUGGAGUGAUGUCACUCACUGAUCUAUUACAGGACCCUCAAUGUAAACUAAAGAGACUGAGACUAUUGAGGAGUGAGACAGCAGAGAAAUCUUGUGAGUAUCUGACUUCAGUUGUGGGUGGAAACCCCUUACUCCUGACAGAGGUGGACCUGACUGGGAAGAUAUCAGGAGACUCAGCAGUGAAGCAGUUCUGUGCUCUACUGGAGGACCCACACUGCAGAUGGAAGAAACUCAAGUUAGUGAUUUAA